GUGCCUCACUGAUGAAAGUGAAAGUUCGUCAGAGCGACGGCAGAGCUGCAGUCCUGAAUAUUCUCUGUGUCUGAACUCACUUCAACUGUUUUUCCUCAAACACCGACUCAGAUUCAGCAAAAGAAUGGAGAAGAACACGUACUCUGCUGGAUCGGGACCUGGGCCUGGACCUGGGUCCAGCUCUGUGUCCAUGAAGAGUGACCGGUCAAAGGAUGAUCCUCUUUUUUUCAGACAAUCUACAGAUGGAAGGAUCCAGCAGCAGAGACCAGAACCCAGCUGUUUGUCCUUCAAGAGCGACCAGUCAAGGGACGAAUUCAUUUACUUUAAAGAUGUCCAUCCAUCUGCUGAUCAGAUAGUGGAACAGCAGAACUCAGAGGUUCCCAGCGCUCAGUCUGUCCAGCAGCAUCACUUGGACUCCAUAUUCAUGCUGCUGGAGGACAACAUGGUGACUUUUCUGAAGAAGGAGCUGAAGAAGAUCCAGAAGGUUCUGAGUCCAGAUUACCCAGAAUGCUCAGAGAGUCAGAGGAAAGAUGAGGAGGAUUUGGAGGAUGAUGAUGAAGAGCAGAGGAGCAGCAGAGAGAUGCUUCAGCAGAUCACAGUGUUGUUCCUGAGGAGGAUGAAGCAGGAGAAGCUGGCUGACUGUCUGCAAAGCAAUGUUGCUGCUGCAGUUUGUAGACGUGAACUUAAAUGUGCUCUGAAGAAGAAGUUCCAGAGAGUGUUUGAGGGCAUCGCUAAAGCAGGACAGAAGACCCUCCUGAAUGAGAUCUACACAGAGCUGUACAUCACAGAGGGAGGGACUGCAGAGGUCAACGAUGAACAUGAGAUCAGACAGAUUGAGGCAGAGUCCAGGAGAACAGACAGAGCAGAAACAGGCAUCAGACCAGAAGACAUCUUUAAAGGCUCACCUGGAAGAGAUGGACCAAUCAGAACAGUGAUGACACAGGGAGUGGCUGGCAUCGGGAAAACGGUGCUAACGCAGAAGUUCACUCUGGACUGGGCUGAAGAAAAAGCAACCAGGACAUCCACUUCAUGUUUCCAUUGACU